CAUGCCGGCCACUGCAUGCACCCCUGACGUUGGGCGGCACAUACACAUGUGCACGUUCUCAUGCAUGGAACAUGAAGAGCAUCAGCCAUCAAAGUUACAUGUUCAUGCCCAGCACAGAAUGGGGGGAGAGCUGCUAACCAGGCAUACGUGCUCCCAUAACACACACAGAGUGUGAGGAGAAUCUUCCACCAAACACGUGUGUUCACACAUGCAGGAAGUAAGGAAAGCCAUUCAUCAACACGCAUGUUCACAUACAGAUACACAGAACAGGAGGAGAAUCUUCUGGAGAACACACCCAUUCAUAUGUACACAGAGCAUGAGAACCACUCAUUGCAUGUGUGUAUGAAUAGUCAGAGCACGUGAAGAGAAUUUACCACAACAUACAGCCUAAGAACCACACCCCAAACAUGACUGUGUGCACACGCACACACCACACACACCACACACACACACAUCCCCUCGCACACACCACACACACACACACAUACAUCCCCUCACACGCACCACACACACACACAUACUUCCCCUCACACACACCACAUACAGACACACAAUACACACACCGCACACACACAUACAUCCCCUCGCACACACCACACACACACACAUACUUCCCCUCACACACACCACAUACAGACACACAACACACACACCGCACACACACAUACAUCCCCUCGCACACACCACACAUACCACACGCAAUAUAUCCCCUCACACACACCGCACACACACAUCCCCUCACACCACACACACACACCUCACACACCCCACACACCCCACACACAUACAUCCCCUCACACACACCACACACACGUAUAUCCCCUCACACACACCACAUACAGACACACAACACACACCCCCCCCACACAUACAUCCCCUCACACACCACACACACCACACACACGUAUAUCCCCUCACACACACCACACACACACAUAUAUCCCCUCACACACACCACAUACAGACACACAACACACACACAUAUAUCCCCUCACACACCACACACAUACCACACACAAUAUAUCCCCUCACACACACCACAGACACACACAUCCCCUCGCACACACCACACACACACACAUACAUCCCCUCACACACACCACAUACAGACACACAACACACACACCGCACACACACAUACAUCCCCUCGCACACACCACAUACAGACACACAACACACACACUGCACACACAAAUCCAUCCCCUCACACACACCACAUACCCAGGGUGAGGACAUCCCACCUUGCCUCCCCCAACCCCACUGAGCACAUACAGGCUCCCCCCAGGGCCAGGGAGGAGUCGCCUAGGCCUGUCCCCAGUCCCCACUCACCCAGCCAGCAUCCCAGCCUUCUGAAAGGUCCAUCACACCCUCCACUCCAUCCUUCCUUAGUUUGUCCAAUAAAUAUACUUCUGGAGCAGCAGCAAGGACAGGCCCAGGGACACCAGCCCCCCUGACUGGUGAGGGGAGGCACUGACCGAAGACGUGGUUCAGUGAGGCCCUGGGCAGACACACUCCUGAUGUCCUUCCUUAUUGCCAACAACGUACUCUCAUGGGUACAACGGAUAAGGGCUUUAUCUUCUCCACACGCUCCAGUGUAUAUCUGAUGGAGCUUUUAGCCAAGCCUGGAGAGAACCCCUAAGCCCCGUGACCUACCUUGGCCUGCAGCCCCAGGCACUCUAGAGCCAAAAUCCAGCUCAUACUCAGACUACUAAGGUCUCUCCUUUGGGAAAACGGCCAAGUUCUACAUGGUCACUCCAAAGGCCUACUUUGUGGGGAAUAGGAUGUUGAUGGGAGAAAGCUGAAUUCCUUCCAGCAAAUAAAACUGAAUGGCAGGUGCCAAAUAGGAGGGGAAACCUGUUGGCCUCUUCUGCGGGCAGAAAGUAGACCCUGUCCCUGAUGAGAAUUUCCAUGAGGUUCUUUGGGCAGUACUGACAGGUAGAUAGGGUCCCUGCCCCUGUGGAAUUCACAGUGCAGUGUGGGGGUGGGCGUUGCACAAAAAGACACAUAAGCUCAUGUUAAAUGACCAUUGUGACUAAGGCUGUGUUGGGGAGGGGCUCAGGGCCAGCGGCAUGGGUAACAGAGAGGCCCCGACAGACCAAGGAACACUUUUCUGAGACGGUGACAGUUAAAGGAGAGGCAUGAUGGGGGAGGGGGGUGUCUCAGAAUUCAUAAACCCAGAUCUGCCUUCACAGGGUGUUUGGGAUUUUAAUUUACAACUCCCUGGAAGGGCUGAGAAAAAAAUCACAGGAGAUAGUGGGAUGGCGCUAUCCUGGGGGGUCCAGCACAAAUCAACACUCGAGUCUGGGGCAACAUCCCUUCAACCCAUGUCCACACAGGAUGUUCCCAAACCUGAAGCCCCUUAGUGAAGUGAGCUCACGAUGCAAAAUCUCAAAACCCACGAGGAAAUAAUCCACCGUGACGGAGAGCUGACCUAACAAACACUGGAACUGGACUCUCAAGGCUUCAGAUAACAGAACUUGCACGCAGAGGUUAUUAAUGAAAUGUUUUAGGAUGAUUCAGAAUGAGACACCUAGGAACUAGCUGCCCGGGAAAUGGUGAAUGAAUGAGCAAACCAGAAUGUGCACAUCACCUUGACCAUCAAAGCUUCCCUCACACUGUCCUAGGAUAGAUCUGGGAUCCUGGCCUCCUCCUCCCUGUGCCCAGGUGCACAGAGCUCACCCUCCCAUCCC